AGCAAAACAUCCUAGGUGGAACAGAGUAAGAGAGCUGCUCACAGGGUAUCGCCAUAAGGCACAAUUAAAAAUGGGAGAGGCUGUCUGCGUUUGACUAGAUUUCUUCCAGCCUGACCCCUCAUUCGAGUGUUUACAGUUUGGGAACCCCUGUUUGCCACAGGUUUUCCUUCUGACUGGUCCCUGAAAGGGAGCCUGACUCCAGCAUAUCAGAAAAGGGAAGGGAAAUAUUAACUUACAAGUUAUUAAAUAAAUGAACACCCCUGUGGAGGCAUCUGCUUUUCUGGGUGUAGAGUUACUUAUGCUGGGUAGGGCUAAGGACUUCCUAGCUUGCUUUACACUGGGGUGCAGAAACAAUUUUGUGCUUCGCUUUGCAGGUCCGCUCUUGUGGUUGCAUUGAACAAAGCCCCUGAAAAAUCCCUGGGUUAUGAAAUAUUUCCUCUCCGUCGGGUCCUGGACAAGAGAUGGCAUCUGCAGAGCCAGAAAAGGAAAUCCUUGCCUUAUAGAGCGCGCUCCUGGUGUGACACAAUGGCUGAUAUAAAGUGUUGGGGGAGCUGAGCUGAAGGCAAAGGAACAAAGGAAGAUUGAGAUUCGGUGGCUGUCUCAGACAAAAGGAAAGCGGAAAGUGUCUCGGGAUGGAUAAAUUUAAGGCUGCGCUUGUGCUGGCAGGGGUUGGGGAUGCUCUCGGUUACCGCAAUUUCUCCCGACAAAACAAUGCUUUAGGUGCAAAAAUCCAGCAGGAGCUGAAGGAAAUUGGAGGGCUUGAGAACCUGGUGCUCUCUCCUGACAAGUGGCCAGUAAGUGACAACACGUUCAUGCACAUGGCUACAGCAGAGGCUGUCAUCACAGACUACCGGAGUUUAGAAGACCUGUACCGGGAGCUGGUAAAACGCUACUUGGAUGCUAUCGAUAACCUCUCGGGGAGGCGGCCAGACCCUGCUACCAUUGAAGGCUGCAGGGAAUUAAAACCAGACAACCACCUCCUUGCUUGGCACACACCGUUCAAUGAAAAGGGUUCUGGAUUUGGAGCAUCCACAAAAGCCAUGUGUUUAGGGAUGCGGUACUGGAAGCCGGAAAAGUUGGAGUCCCUUAUUGAAGUGAGCAUUGAAUGCGGACGAAUGACUCAUAACCAUCCUACAGGCUUUCUAGGGUCCCUGUGCACAGCUCUCUUUGUGGCAUAUGCUAUACAGGGGAAACCCCUUGUGCAGUGGGGAAGAGAGAUGAUGAAGGUUGUGCCGAUGGCUGAGGAAUACUGCAAGAAGACCAUUCGCCAUAUGGCAGAAUAUCAGGAGCACUGGUUUUACUUCGAAGCCAAGUGGCAGUUUUAUUUGGAGGAGAGAGAAAUCAACAAUGAAAAUCAGAAUAAACCUGUUUUUCCAGACAACUAUGAUGCAGAGGAGAGAGAAAAGACGUACAGGAGAUGGAGCUCUGAAGGCCGGGGAGGGAGAAGAGGCCAUGAUGCCCCCAUGAUCGCCUAUGACGCCCUGCUGGGCUGCGGUGGAGACUGGACAGAGCUCUGCAACCGCUCCAUGUUCCACGGAGGAGAAAGUGCAGCUACUGGGUCUAUCGCCGGCUGCCUGUAUGGCUUGGUUUAUGGCCUGAGCAAGGUCCCCAAAGGCUUGUACCAGGACCUGGAGCAAAGGGAGAGGCUCGAGUUCUUGGGCGAGAAUCUUUACCGACUAUCCAUGGAGGAAAACACCAAAAGCACAUGCUUUUGUGGAGAUGAUAAGAUGCUGGUAGACCCUUUGGUGCUAAAGAAGAAGCUCGAUAGGAUGGCAACAGAGCAAGGGGCCUUUGCUGUUCUCAGCAGUUUGCUGCUAUACGUCACCGAGCUCGCAGCCAGCGAUCCACAGCUCAGCAACAAGAGGACAAAAUGGACAGAAGGUAAAGAAAACAAGGUGAGUUAUAGCCAGCCAUGUCCAGAUGCAAACAGGGGCCAGUAUCCCACCAGAUUUCAGCUCUUGCGGGCCAGGUUUCUGAACAACAAUCGUGAGCCGUACACCAAGAAAAGACGAGAAGUUGGCAAACUGGUAAUUAAGGAGAAGCUGUGGGUGAGCAGGGCUGGUAACAAGCUGGACAGAAGCAGAGACAGGAAAGGAGAUGGAAAAGCAGCAGAGGAGGAUGAGGACACAGUGCCCAGCGAGAGGGCCAGGUGGAGCAGUGUGUGUGGGAAAAACACAGUGAAGAACAUCCUGAAGAAAUUCUUAGCUGCUGAAGAAAAAGAAGCCAAGGAAAAUUCUCCCAGAUGGAAAAAGGAGCCAAAGAAUGGUUUGCCAAAGAUAGUCAAUAAGAGUUCGGUCCUGUCCAAACUGAAGGAGCAGUUUGAACAAAGCACUCUCCGCUCAGCUGCAGAGGUGAAAGCAUCACUCUUGCGCAAAGGGGAGAAAAAGACUAAAAGCUUCCCGAGCAGAAAAACUAUUCGUAAGCCAGAGGUCAGAGUGCUGCGCACAGCAGCAAUGACAGCCACGGACAUAAACAACCCAGAGUCCCAGUUUCUGGUGUGCUCCACGGUCCCAGUGCCCAGACUCAGUAUGGCUACCAAAAUUAACCAUCCUUGGAGCUGGUUGAAAAAUAAUACGGCCAAGCAGCCUUUUGGUCAUGACACACCACUAAAGGAAAAGGGGGGAUCUGACAGAGAGCCUGAUGAGAACAGCAUACCAGCAAAUGCAGUACAGGACAGGGAGCACAAAGAAGAGUUACCAGUGGCACCCCAGGUCAUGUCUUAUGCAAAGGACUGUGCUGAGACUAAAAUAGAUUCCACAAAGCAAGGACCCAAUUUUAAUCUUAAUCUAGAUAGCUCUUCUAGUACUUGUAAAAACAAAGCUCUCGCAGACUGUAUUCCUCCCUUGUCUGAGUGUAGUCUAGACUGUGAAAACAAUCAUGUACUAGCUGGGCCUGAUAAAUCUUUACUGGGGAUUACCAGUGCUGUGCAACAUGCUAAGGAAGACAGCCCACCUUCUAACUCACCUUACUCUAGCACAGCUGAAGAAUCCCAUGAACCAAGUCCUCAGGAUACUAAAACAGGUGAGAUUCCUGAAAUAACUAUGUAUGUGUACAGUUCAGAGGAAGCUGACACAGAGCUCACAGAGCCAGAAAAUAAUCCUUUCUUUACAGGCCAGGAAAGAUUUCCAGAGCAGAAAGCACUGGGAAAUAUUCUGCCACUUCACUCUUCAGGAGUUCAAGCAUCUUGUGAAGUUGAGCCUCCAAUGGAGGAUCAACAGCUAACUGUUGCAACACCAGCCUCUGGCAAAAGGCCACCAAUAGUCCAAAAAGAGGCACCAGGUUUAAUAGACAGGUGUUCUGAGGAAGCCAAAAAGGAAGUGAUAUAUCACAGUGAAGACAAAAUAUCCUCUACUUAUAGCAAUAAUUAUAGUGAUGUCCCAAUGAAAAAUGAAGAGAAGAAUAAGACACCCAACAGCCAAAUGCAAAAUGAAUCCAAAACCAAGCAGCAAGAGCCUCUUCAAAUGCACAGCCCACAACAUAACUUUGUUAAUUACCAUGGAGGCAUAUCAAAUCCAGAUGCCGAUCAGAUCAAACACACACUUUCCUUUAAUGAGAGCAAGGAGCAGAAGUCUGGUGCUGCAGAAGAAGAGCAAAUCUCUUCUCAUUUCGAAAACACACAAAGCCCUUUGGCAGAUGACCUUGUGAAGCACCAUUUCUAUAUUGCAGAAGAAGAUUUUAGGAAGGACAAAUCAUCAUCAUCAAAUGAAAUGAUCAGUCAUGCAAACAAUCAAGCCCUGCAUAGGAGUACCUUUACUGACCUGGAGACCUGUCACAAGCCAUCUAAAUCUUUCAUUGAACGUGAAGAGAGCACUGCAGAUGGGAUGACCUGGCCUGACUCUGAGGCAUGCAAGUCCCUCUCGUCAACUCUUUUACCAACACCAAUGACUGGGAUUGCAGGACAAAGAAUCCAUCACACUUUUGGAAAUCCCCCAGCCCAUCCUCCUAUCGAUAUGGCAAGACAGGGAGCUGAUGGUGUGGGAGAUGAGCAUGCUAGCCAUGGCUGUGAGAAGCAUCCACCACCCUCUUCAGAUGAACUGGCAAACCACGGGAAUGAUACACAAGUGGAGGAAAAAACCACGUGUGAUUUUAAGAACCCAGUGCUGUCCACAAAUCAUGCCACAGAAAAUGAAAACUCUACAGCUGAAGACACAAAUACAUGUGAGAGAUUUGAUAACUGUCUUUCACUUUCAACCAAGAAGCCAGGAAAACAUGAAAAUAAAAUCACACUCGCAAGAAAGCCCCUAUUAACCCUGGAGAAGAACCGAACACCAACUUCAGAGGACACCACAAAGCAAGAAAUUGAUGUGCUGGAAAAGAACCUGUCUCCUUCAUCAACUGAACCAGUCUCAGACAAAAAGAAGCACAUGAAAGUUAGAAAUAAGGUCUCUGAACAUACAAAGGAUAAUCUCUUGUCAUCAGAUGAUGACAUAAAGCAUGAGAGUGGUAAGAUGGAGGCAGAGUACAGAGAAGAAAGAAAAAUCUUGCAUAAACCUGAGGAUGAAAAAGUGUUCACACCAAGUGAUACAGUGGAUCAUGAUAGUAACUCUUCAAAUGAGAAUAAUGCUCAAAGACCUAAAACAUCCCAGUUACCUUCAUCAAAGCAUGAUAAUAACAUUCAAGGAAUGCAAAAUACUGAGCAGAGUUUAAAGCAUCUAACACCUUCAAGAGAUUUUGUGAAGCACAAACAUGAUAUGCCAGUAGAUGAAAACAUCUGCUGCAAUAACGGUAAACAUCAACUGUCCUUAUCAGAUGAACCAAUGAAACAUGCAAAUGACAGUGCAGUGCAAAAACACAUCAAGCCAAACUUUAAGAAUUAUUCAAUGCCACCAAGACAUACAUCAAGGCAAAACAGUAAGACCACUGAUGAGGAGAAUACCCCUCAUAAUGUGAAAAAUGAACCAGCGGAGCAUAAAAAGAGUUGUGAAGGAGAGAGGAAUAUUUCCUGUGAUCCUAAAAAUCAGAUGCCAUCACCAAGUCCAUUGGUGAAGCAAGACAAGAAAUCCCCCCCUCUUGAGACGCAGAAACAGAUGUCACCAGGUGACUUUGUAAAGCCUGAAACUAAGUCCACUGAAAAAAAGACUAAGCAUAUCUCUGAGAAGCUCCAGACACCUUCUCCAAACAAAGUGCUAAAGCCUCAGGAAAGAAGUCCUUCAGGAGAUGGAAAGCAAAAGUCACCAGCAGCAGAGGACAGCAGACCACCUGAAACAAAUGCUGUGAAAGAGGAUAAUGAGCAUCAGUGUUCUGGAAAGUACCAGCUAUCUUCUUCAAGAAAAUCAGCAAAGAAGGAAGAAAACAGUCCAGGAGGAGAAAAGCAGCAAAAGAGACCUGAAGAUCUUAUGCCAGCUGACACAAAUGCUGCAAGAGAGAAGAAUAAAUUCCCAAUUUCCAGGAAGUACCGAUCAGUAUCAUCAGAAACAUUGGUUAAGCCUCAGGAAAAAAAUACUCAAGAAAAGAAUACUCCAAAACAACACCAACAAACGUCAGCAUCUGCAGGUUUUAAGAAGGCUGGCACCAAUGCUGUAAAAGAAAAGGGUGUAGAUCCAAAUCAUGAGAAGUCACCCUCUUCAAAGGAAGUGGUGAAGUCCCAAGACAAGAAUACUUCAGGAGACAGAAAGCAAAAGUCAUCAGCAGCGAAUGACAGCAGAUCACCUGAAACAAAGGCUGUAAAAGGGGAUGAUAAACACCAGUGUUCUGGGAACCAUGAGUUACCUCCUUCAAGUAAACCAUCAAAGUCUGAGAAAAAUGCUUCAGGAGGAGAAAAACAACAAACUGUAUCUGAAAGUUUUAUGAAGUCUGAUGCAAUUGCUGUAAAAGGUAAAAGUAAAGAUCCAGGUUCUGGGAUGUGCCAGUCCCCAUCUUCAAAUUUGCUAGCGAAACCUCAAGAAAAGAACUCUGCAGUGACGAAGAAGCAAUUGCCACCACCACCUGAUGAAGAAACAAUGUAUGAAACUGGUAGUCCAGAAAAUAAGAGUGGGCUUGAGAGAAGAGAAAAAUACCAGCUAUUCUCUUCAGCUCAGUCAGAGAGGCACAGCAGUGAUGGCUCAGAAAAGGAAGGCCCUGUGGGCAACUUCAAGAGCUAUCAAGCUCCACUGCCAAGUGAUGGCAUAUAUUGUAAAAGCAGUACUCUACCAAAAGAGACCAAUUUGUCCCCCAAAUCAUCCUCAUUUCAUGUUGCAUCAAAAGAGGGGGAAAAUUCUAAUGGAAAUAGAAAAAGUCAGCCUGAAUUUAAAAAGUACCAAGCUCUCUCAUCAAAGAAUUUGGAGAGGCAUGAGAAAGAUGUUGUGGAGACGGAGGGGAGCUUGCAGGCAGCUGGCAAAACAACUGAGAACUGCGCUAAAGCAGCAUCACUCCCAAAAUACACAGCAGAAAGCUACAGUGAAAGACCCUUAGAUUCAUCUUUCAAACCACUGAUCAUUAGAGUAAUUGACACAUUUAAACAUCACAGCUAAAAACACGGCUACAGCUUAGGCAAGAACUUACAACUUAUCAUGCCACCGACUCUCAAUCUUUCUUUUUUCCUUUACCCUCCAGGGCAUUAUAUUAUCAUUUUUUAAUCACAAGGACAUUGACAUGCAUCUGUCUGAGCUGGGCUUUUUUCCUUUCUUAAACAUUAGCCUGAAGACAUGAAUUAAAUUAAUCACUGCAAGUGAAUUAGCUAAUCACUGAAUUAAUCAUCAGUUUAUAAAUUAAAUAUGAGAAAGGCUUUGAGAUCGGCAUGAAUUCAGCCCUGCUCCAGACUCUCCAUACUAACUAAUGGGUUUUGUUUGUAACAAAGACCACUGUUCAGGGUGAACUCUAUUUGUAUUUACUUAUUCUAAUGAAACUCCACUAGAACUUCUUCCAGGAAUGGUGUCAGGCAGUGUCAGCUUUAAUUAUGUCAAAAAGCACUUGUUCGAAGCUCUAUCUUUUCACAGAUUAACAGGAGCUGUUGAUCUAUUGCUGCACUGAGUGAUGCUGUUAACAGAAGUAAUGAGGGAAGGAGGGGAAUGCUUCAUUUAUCUGCAGAAAAAUCCUUAAAGGACGUUGACACUACAAGAGGGUUUUCUGUGAAUGCAAAUGUUCAGCCUCAUUAAUAUUAAUAUCGGAAAAAAAUAGUGGUUUAACCUCCUCUUAAGCUUUGGCCAUACACUGUAUGUGUUAUUGGUGUAAAGAUAUGCCAUUUCAAGGGGUUCUUAAUUACUGCAGAUGAACAUGCAACAAGUGUAUGAGCUCAGAAAAGCUCAACGCUGAAAGGCCCUGAGGACCUCUCCUGAGGACUAUGUAAGCCAGAAAGACGCAACACCUUGCCAGGGCAAUUUAGGUCUUCAUGGGACAUCUGUCCUACUUCAAAUCAUGGGGCACACAGACAUGAGGCAGGUGCUGCUGCUUACAUUAAAAGUCUUACAAAGAGUUUAUUUUACAACACAAUGUGAAACGGAGCAUUAAGAAGCAGACAAUGUCACUGAAUCCUACUAAUGGGAUAUGAUUUUUUGUGUUUACAGUAAAAGUGGCUUCUGUGCAAAGUAUGUGUGUGACAAAUGUUG